GCACGAACUGCGGGAUGCUGAGGGCAACCGAGGGACCAUCCCUGGCUGCGGUCCCCUGCGCACCUCCUUGCACCGCUCUCGGCAUCCCCCUGCUUUUUCUAACGCUGGCCAUUAUCCAUCAGCAGAGAUUCCAUUGGUGGGUCAUUUUCAACUUCCUCCCACCGAUGCCACCACAAGCAGAAGCACUGUCUCCCCAUCCCACAGUGUGGAACUCUAUCCAUCACCCCUCUGCUUUUCCAUCCUCACACGAAGGGAUCCCAGAUCAUCAUGGACACAACACAGAAGGCAGUGAAGCGCCAGGCUAGCUUCUGCAAUGCCAUUACCUUCAGCAACCGGCCCAUUGUUAUUUACGAACAAAUCAGGCUUAAGAUCACUAAGAAGCAGUGUUGCUGGAGUGGGGCUCUUCGACUCGGCUUUACUUCCAAGGAUCCAUCGAGGAUUAACCCUGACACUCUGCCAAAGUACGCGUGCCCUGACUUGGUUUCCCAAAGCGGGUUUUGGGCCAAGGCUCUGCCAGAAGAGUUUGCAAACGAGGGGAACAUCAUAGCCUUCUGGGUGGACAAGAAGGGACGGGUUUUCUACCGGGUGAAUGAGUCCGCUGCGAUGCUCUUCUUCAGCGGCGUGAGGACGGCAGAGCCCCUCUGGGCCUUGAUCGACGUCUAUGGGCUCACCCGUGGAGUGCAGCUCUUAGACAGUGAAAUCAUCCCUCCCGACUGCCUGCGGCCCCGCUCCUUCACGGCCAUCCGCCGGCCCUCGCUGCGGCGGGACACGGAGGACACGCGCCUCUCGGUCAGCCUGUGUGACCUCAACCUGCAGGAGGACACCUUCCACGUGACGGCCGCCACCUGCCCCAUCCCGCAGAACUCCCUCAACUCCCAGCACUCCCACCUCCUCCCGUCCCAGCUGGAGAGCGACCUCCGCUUCCACCACCUCCGGGGACCCCACGUCAAAAUCCUCGAUGACCAAACCGUGGCCCGCCUGGAGCACGCCCGGGAGGAGAGGACUUUGGUGUUCACCAGCAGACCCCUUCGGAUCAACGAAACCAUUUUCGUCAAAAUCAACAAGUCCAACGCUGUGCGCACGGGGACGCUGUCCUACGGCGUGACGUCCUGCGACCCCAGCACCCUGCGCCCCAGUGACCUCCCCUAUAACCCCGAAUCCCUGGUCGACCGAAAGGAGUUCUGGGCCAUCUGCCGAGUGGUGGUGCCCCUCCAGAGCGGAGACAUCCUGGGAUUUAUGGUGAAUGCCGAUGGCGAGCUGCACUUGAGCCACAACGGUGCCGGCAUUGGCAUGCAGGUCUGCGCGGACUGUUCCCAGCCCCUCUGGAUGUUCUUCGUUUUACACGGCGCCAUCAUGCAGAUUCGAUUGCUGGGUUCCACCAUUUUAGCAGAGCGGCUGGGAUUGUCGACACCGAGCUCGCCCCCAUCAACACCCAAUUCCCCCACUGUCCUCUGCAGUGGCGUCUCUGGCCCCUUAUUGCCAACGUGUGGCUCUGGCCCCCUCUGCAGCUCUAUCAGUGGCACAGCUCCCAACUCUCCAGGCAGCUUGCCUGAGUCACCCAUCUCCCCGUCCGUCUCAGGGCCCUGGGUAGACGAAUGCACCAUCUGCUAUGAGAACAUGGUAGACACGGUCAUUUACUCCUGUGGACACAUGUGUCUCUGCUAUUCAUGUGGGCUGAAGCUCAAGAAGAUGGCCAAUGCCUGCUGCCCCAUUUGCAGACGGGCCAUCAAAGAUAUCAUCAAAACAUACCGCAGCACUUAGCGCAGCAGCAGAUGCCGUGGUGGGGACUGGGCACGUGGGGAAGAGGCUGUGAAACAACACAGGGCUCAGUCUUUAUUCAUCACCCAGGAGAUUCAAAACCCAUCACCCACCACCACCCUGACCUCCUCUUCCAUGGACAACAGAUGAGACAAACUUAGAUGCUGCUCUUCUAUGCCCCAGGCAAGUCCUGGGGCUGAGCUCCAGUGUCAGGGAAGUUGUGAUGGACUACUCUCCCUUGUGGAUUUUAAACUUUAUUUAAAAAAAAAAAAGCCAGCUGGUGCAAUCAUCCCUUUCUAUACCAUGCACAGCAGAGGGGAGUCUCCACUCUUUAGCGCAGACAGCAAGUGGUAAAAGGUUCAGUGCUACACAUCUCCUUCCAGAGGCACCCCACAUGCAGAGACAGCUUCGCAGAGAAGAAAGGAGCAAUGUGUUCCUGUGUGCAACCAGCCUGACCAGAGAAGGCUCCUUAGAAAUGACGGAGCAAGACAAGCAUUGACCCAGCGAGGGAGGUGCAGUGGGCACACUCACAGCAGAGAGGCUGGGGCCAGUGCAGAAAAUAGCCCAAGAUUUGGGAAGGAAAACCCACCCCGUGUCUGCAGACAGAAGAGCAGACCCAUGGCAGUCCCUCAAGGGCUGUCCCCAACUCCUCCAUUGCCAUCCUCUGACAGAGGCUUUCCUGGUGGGGUUGGCAACGAACACUGGUAACAGCUCUGCUCCCUCUCCCAGCAGCGUCUCCUGGUGGGGUUGGCAACGAACACUGGCAACAGCUCUGCUCCCUCUCCCAGCAGCGUCAGCCACCUCCUGUCAGCACCCCGCAGCACGACGAGCGGCUCCCGAACCCCACCGCCCCCAACCUGCGCGUGGGCCCCGCGCAGCACAAGGGAUUCAGCAGCAUCUCUUCUCCCAGGGUCCUGUGGGAGAGGAACACGCAACUCCCUCACCUUUCUCCCCCUGCCAUCCAGACAGCACUUGUGAGGAAAAAUCCCAGCCUCACCGGGGAAGAAUGUAUAAACCCACAUGUCUGUGGGUUACCUUUACUGGUGACUUUAUCACUGUGCUUUAAGACAAAACCAGCCAGGUGGUACUCAGCUCUUCACAGCCACACCGGCAGAACACAGCUAUGUGCUAGGAAGUAAGGAAUGAGAAAAAAAAUAACCUGAUGGGUUUGGUUUGCUUUGGUUUAUUUAAACAAAUCUUCUGCCUGAGUCAGGAACCCAGCUGUGCCCAGCAGCAAUGGUGCCCCCAUGGUUCCCAUGCAAACAACUGCUGCUCUGCCAUGGCCACAGGUGUGCCCAGGGCUGCUGGCCCUCGGGGCUGGGCUGGGUGGCUGGGCAGCAGUAGGAGCUAUCUGCCUCCCUUCCCAACCCAUCCUGAUGCCUUCCCAGGCUGCAGGGGAGGGAAGGACUGUGUCUGGGUCCUGAGCAGGGGGUCAGGGCUAGGGUGCCACAGCAGUGGAGUUUGCCCCCACCACAUCACCCAUGUGGCCAGACCAGGGAAGGCUGUGGAGUCACACCCUUCCUGCUGAGCUUUUUCUUGCACCUGAGCAUUGGCCAUUGAUGGGAUAGGGGGGUACAGUGUGGUGUAGGGAUAACAGCAUUUUAUGCACACAGGCACAUGCUAUGGGGGACAUCAUGACCCCCUCCCCCCAGCAGCAGGUGGGUUUUCGCCACGCACACUGGCAGAGGCUGCUCCUUAAAAUACCUGGAAAAUACAUCCUUGCUCUGUCUCUCAAGGAGAUGCAAAAAGAGACUACUCACCGGGGAGCACGUUGUCAAGCGUCUCUCUGAAGGUGCCACCAUCACUGCAGCCUACCCAGGGGUCUGCAGCUCCCCCCAGCCUGCCCUGCGGGCAGCACUAACUUGAACACUGAUACUCUGGGUGACAGGGAUUUUCCUGGCAUACCUCUGAUGUACAGCCCAAACCCAGCCCUGGCCCCUGGGCCAGCUGGCAAAAGCUCCAGAGCUCGUGGCUCCCAUUCCCAGAUGCCCUCACCGAGGAGCAGGAGGAGGCCGGUUGGCAGAGCCUGGGGGAAGUCAGAGCAAGGAGCAUGGCUGGUCCUCAGGCACACAGCCAGCUCCAGCUGUGACCAGCAUACACAGGGAGCCUCCUUCAGUAGUUACACAAACUCCAGAGCAAAGAUUUCAAAAAAGGGGGAACCCAAGGGGUAAAAAAGUGUUGAAAUAGUGGAUGUGGGGAAACGUGCAAUAAGCAGCCUCCCGAGCCUUCACCACACCAGUGGGACCAGUCCUGCUCCAUGCAGGGAAAGCCAAGGGGUAAAUUUUGUUUUUCAAGGAAUUCCAUCCAUGGGUACCAGUGCAGUGGUGUAAAUUCCCUUUCUACUUUUUGAAUUGAGAGUGUUUUAAUAUAUUAACUGUGUUUGUUUUACUGUGGACCAAACUCUUGGAGUUAGGAGAAGCUGAAAGCUCCCCCAGCAGCUGAGUUCACAAAUUGGGGUUCAGUCCUACCCCUGCAUAGGCUGGCCUCCAGCUGUAAGCAGGGAUGAGAAAAAGGCUCUCUCCAGGGAGGAAAAAAACAAACCAGCAAAACCAGUAAAAAUAACAAAAAUCCUAAUCUUUUGUUUUGUUUGACCGGUGUAGGUUCCCAUGUACCUCUGUGUUGUGUCAUCUGCAUUUCAUUGCUUUACUUUAAGAUGUUUUGUGUUCUGUUUAAAGAGAAGAAUAAUUCAUUGUGAAAAAAUUGGAUAACUGUGAUCGUG